AUGAGCGUGAAAUCUAAGAUUAGUAAAAUUAAAAGAAACAAUCAGACAAAAACAAAACUUUUAAAACAAGGAAAAUUGAAAACCCGAAGACACAAGCAACCUAAGAAACAAGUUCAAAAAAUUAUACCUAAAGUAAACAACGUGGAAGAAGAAGAAGAAAGUGAUAAUGGAGAAGAUUUAUUACAUAUGGUCGAAAAAGACGAUUUGUCUUUUUUACAAAAUGCUAUAUCUAAUAAAUCUUAUAAUUUAUUGAAGAAAAUAAGAUUAAAUGAAACAGAUAUCAACGAUAAACAAGGACGAAAAUCUAAAAGAAAGAAGGAAGAUGAUCGGCUAGAAGAAUUGUAUGAAGAAAAUGUAUUUAAGUUAAAUGAAGGAAACAGUAUAAAAAAGAUGCGUAUGCUACUUCCUAUAAAAACUCAACAAGGUGUAUUAGAAAAAAGAAUAAUAGAAGAAGAAGAAAAAGAAGAAGAAGAAAAGGAAGUUGAAAAUAAUGAAGCAAGUAUUUCUGAACAAAAUUCCGAAAACGAAGAGCAAAAUAACCAUGAAGAAAUAAAUAAAUAUUUACAAAAUAAUUUAAACAAGGAAAAUGGUGAAGCAGUAUCUACAGUAGAACUUAUAGCAUGUCGUGAAGAGAUAUUAAAAUCAAGACGUUUCAAAAUUGGAGUUUUAUCCAGUACACUUUUAGAAAAUCCAGAACAGAAAACUAACAAUUUUAAAAUACUUUUGGAUUUCAUGGAAGAAAGUAAUCCAGAAAUUUAUAUCACCGUUAAAAAAUUGGCAAUGAUAUCGCUCUUAGAAGUAUUUAAAGAUCUUUUGCCAUCUUAUCAAAUUUUACAACUCAAACCGGAAGGCGUCAAAUUGAAAAAGGAAACAUUACAAUUACAUAAUUAUGAAGCUGUUUUAUUAAAAAGUUAUAAAGAAUACUUGCAGAAACUUGAAAAAAUGUCUAAUAUUUUGAGAAAAAAAGUUGGAGAUACGCGAAUAAUUAAUGAAAGAGAAAUUUUAUUGGGAGAACUUGGAGUAACGUGUAUGUGCGAAUUAUUAGUUUCACAUCCUUAUUUCAAUUUUUCUAUGAAUAUAGCAAAUUUUCUCAUACCAUUGUUAAAUAACAAAAAAAUUAGCGUAAGAGAAAAGGUAGUAAAAUGUAUUUCUCAAGUAUUUAAAGAAGAUAAGCGAGGAGAAUUAUCGCUUACGAUAGUACGUAAAAUAAAUCAAUUUAUAAAAUCUAAAGGUCAUAGUGUACAUCCUGAAGUUUUAUCCGUACUUUUAUCACUUCGUAUAAAAGAUAUUGAUCUUGAUAAAGAAAAGGAAGAAGAAACAAAACAAAAGAAAUUGAUGUCUCACAAACAAAGAAUCCUUUCGUUAAGCAAACGAGAAAGGAAAAAGAGCAAAAAGCUAGAACAAGUAGAAAAAGAAUUACUCGAGACUAAAGCGGAAGAGAAUAAACAAACGAAACAAAAAGUUUUCACAGAGAUAACAAGCGUGGUAUUCACAAUUUAUUUCCGAAUUUUGAAACAAGCUCCAAAUAAUAAAAUUUUGUCAGUAUGUCUGGAAGGUUUAGCAAAAUUUGCACAUUGCAUCAACUUAGAUUUUUACCAAGAUAUAGUAACAGUUAUAGAUAGAUUAAUGGAGGAAGGUAAUUUAGGAUUAAGAGAGCAACUACAUUGUGUGCAAUGCGUAUUUACAAUAUUAUCGGGUCAAGGUACAUCAUUGAAUAUUGACCCUUACAGAUUUUAUGUACAUCUAUAUAAAAAUCUUUUAAAUAUUCAUUGUGGUAAAACGCAAGAUGAAACAGAAAUUAUUUUAAAAACCUUAAUGCAAGUACUUAUUAAUAGAAGAAAAAGAAUUUCUCCUAAACGUUUAGUAGCUUUUGUAAAAAGAAUGUCUACUUUAACUUUACAAUUACAACACAAUGGAGCACUUGGUUUGCUAUGUAUUAUCAAACAAAUAAUGCAACUUGGUAAAGCAGUAGAUGUUUUACUAGAUACAGAUUAUACCAGUGGAGAUGGUUUUUAUCAACCUGAAAUUGAAGAUCCAGAAUAUUGUAAUGCACAUUGUUCUGCGUUAUGGGAGCUCGUUGACCUUCAGCGUCAUUAUCAUCCUGUAGUUCGGAAAUUAGCCAAAAAUAUAGCAUGGAAUGUACCUGUAAGUGGUGAAGGAAGUUUAAGUGCAGAUGUUGCUAAGCUAACACCAGAACAAUUUUAUACAGAAUAUGAUCCAACUAGCGUCGCAUUUAAACCUCCUGUACUUCCACCUAAGAAGAUAAUUAAUAAAUCAAAUUCGAUAGAUUUUUACUAUAAAAGUAAUGAAUUUAAGGAAUACAUUGACACUAUUAAGAAUCCAAAAUUAUUUUCAGAUGGAUACGUAGAUUUUUAUAAAAUGAUUACUGAAAGUUAACAUGUCAUAUAUAAUAAAACAUUUUUAUAUAAUAAAUGUGUCUAUAUUUCAUACAAUUGUAAUGUUUGGAUACAUUUCAAUAAGUUUAUUUUUUUAUUUUUUAUCCUCUUUGUUUUAUUAAGCGGUGAUAUUUAUUCAAAUCUUA